AUGGAGCUUCAAAUAUCUACCGGCCCUUUUCGGAGGAACGGUCCUCGUCCUCUUCUCGACAUGGCUCUUGAUGUCGCAAUUAGAAACAUUCAAGACAUCCCAAGCUUAGGAGACAUGCCUACCCACCUCUUGCAGCCGGUCCUCAGGGCCGUGAAGACCGCCGAGCACCUUCACACCCUCGAGCAGGAGACAGAUGAGCGAAUCUACGAAGUUUCACCAUCUCAUUGGAAGCAUCUUAUCGAGCGCGACUUCAAAACGCUUGCUGCUCAGUAUAGUUGGCAGCCAAAGGACCCAAAGUCUUGGUACAAAGUCUAUAAGAAGUACGAGACGGUCUACAACCAACAGCUCGAAGAGGCUACCAAUGCCUUCAUGAAGAAAAUGGAAGAUGCCAAUGGCCAGCGUUCCUCCCGUCAAGCCAAGAUUAUCUCUGUUCCUGAAUCUCGCCGACUGCCUCUUCACUAUUCGCAACGCCAACGCGAGGGUCCCAAAGCCGGCCACUGGUCCUCUCAGCCUCGCCCGAAGAAGACUUUCAUUGCUAAGGCCAAGAGGCAAGUCGCCGCUGAGACCAGUCGUCUGAAGCUCUCCAACCCCGCUGGCCGCAUUCCUGUCAGGCAAAGCCAAAUCAGACAGGCACCAAUUGCCAUGCAGAACGACGCUCGUAUCAAUCGCCAGUUCGACGCCGCUGCCACCAUUGUCAACGCCCCAAUCAGAAAGGCCUCUGACACCACAGUCAGUGAUCGUGACCGCAAAGAACGCGAGAACCGGCUCCUUUCAAUCAAGGGCAAGGGCACCGCCAUCGCCAAACCAGCCAACAUCAUCUCCUUCAGCGAUGAUGAAGACGACCACAUCCCCAGCAAUGGGGGUGACGACUUGUUUGGUGAUGACGAACCCGCCAGUCCUCCCCAGCGUGGAAGCCUGUCUGUGGAGGAACUCGAAGCCGCGGUGGAGAGGGUCGUUUCUCCCAAGAAACAACCCGUCGCCAGACCCCGUGGUCUUCUCUCUGCGACGCCUGGCGCCAUCAAGGCACCGGUGGCGGCCCGCUCGCCACCAAAGUCGUUCACUGGCGAGACCUCGCCCGCACCCGCGCCUGCGGGUGCUAGCAACUCGCCUGCUGUCGGCUCUAGGGGGCCCGCUGCUCCUAUCGUCCGCAAGCGCAAACCUGUGGACAUUUUCAUGCGUCCGAGCAAGCGGGUCCCCCGUUAG